AUGGUUCUUGUAGGUUCACAGGUGGUUGUGAGGUGCGAUAUAAACAUUGCACAUCUAUACAUAGACAUUAAUGAUAUAAACAUUGUCAAGACAUAUUUAAUAGCGCUUAAAAACGCUAUUAAAAGUCGUUCUGGAGGGCAAAAUAUUGCUGAUAUAAUUGUUUUUUCAAAAUGGAUUUUUGAAAUUGGAGAGGGAAAGGUCGGUGAAUCAAAUGACGGUGUUGUUGAAAUAGAUAUUCUGUUGGAGAUAUUAAUCACAUCUUUUGAUAAUCCUAUUGUUGCAAUAGUGGACAGUACAUACCUAAACUUUUUGGAAAACUACAAGUUAUAUGAUUAUCUAAAAUGUCGCGGAAUCUUAGCAUCAACAAUAGAAAUAGUUGACCAAAUCAAUGAUUACAUUCUACAACUAAUGCUAGGAGAGAAUAAGGAUCAUUUCAGUUAUAAUUCCAUUGAUAGAUCAGAAAUACAUGACAACAUCAUUGUUGAUAUUCUAAGUCCGGACUUUUUAAGCUCUCUUAGAAGCUCGGAAUUACCUAACCAUCAUAUCAAAUUGAAAGUAGGGACACCCAUAAUGCUAAUAAGAAACAUUGACCAAUCUCAAAGUUUGUGUAACGGAACAAGGUUAGUUGUAACAAAGAUGGUGAAUCACAUUCUUGAGGCACGGGAUAUGGGUGGUAAAGGGCAUGGCAACAUUAUAUACAUUCCAAGAAUGGAUAUGCCACCCUCUGAUUCAACUUGGCCUUUCAAGUUGAACAUAAGAUAA